AUGCAUAUAUUUGGAGGCAACGAAGCCUCGCCCGACACGAUGUCGCCGGUGCCAUACGAGCCAAAUUACCUGGCAUAUUAUUAUGCAACCGAAGACGGGAUGGUUGCGAAUGAUCAUCGCUAUGUUAUCGGAAAAACCACGGGGUUGGGUAUUUUUCUGCCUGCAGUAGCGGAAGCAUUAGCGCGAGGGGGAGACUGGACGGGAGGCAAGGUUCUACAGGAGUGGUUCCCCGACGUCGUGAAAGAUCAUGCGGAUUGGCACGCAGUUGUCGGCCCUGAAGCUACAAGCCGUUCGACGUGGAUGGAGAAAGGAUACAUCAUUCGCCAUUCUCGUUCAUCGUGUACCUAG